CUGACGGUGUCUUCUAUUCUCAGCAAUCGUCUACAACAACAAGAUGAGUGGGCUUCUUCCUCGAAGGCCCUGGUUUAGACCAGGUAUUCGAUGUAAAGUACUCUCAGCUAAAGCCACGUCAAUACCGCGUUAUCAAUCUCCUUGUCUACUCCAAAUCCAAUGCUACACUUCCCCAGCGCCGAGUUCUAGACCUGCUGGACACCCGCGCGGACCUACACCACCACCAACAACAAACCUACUCGAUGCCGUUAUCGCCGACCAUCAACACAAGCCUCCCUCCGGACCGAGCAAGCAGACUCUCUACGAGGCAUUUGGCGAACACACCGCCGCGGGAGGCGCCGUCUCCGAUCAUCUGGGCUACUCCGUCGUCUCCACCCUCUUGACCCCGCGAGCCCCCAACGAUGCAGAGUUCCCUGACCAGGUGCCGGACGCGGACAAAGAGCUAGCGCUGCGCGUGCUGGAGUACCUCUCCCUGCAGGGGACGCCGGUCCUCGUCAUGGGGACGUUCGCCAUGCUCUACCAGGCCGCUAUCUUUUCCCCACCGCAGCCUCGCACCACGGUCGAUACCGACACGGAUGAUGAUUUCUUUGCACCCAGCCCAUCCGCCAGGAAGCAAGACGACAACGACAUCGACGCAGCCACCCGGAUCUCGCGAAUGAUCACCGCGCUCCACCUCUCCUACCACCCGGACGACGCGCGAAGCCUCAUGACCAUGCUGUUCCAGAACGGCGACGACGAGACCUUCUGGAAGCUGUGGCGCCGGAUUCCGCUGCAGGGAGCGCCGCGCAGCGCCGAGGACUACGCGAUGCUGUUCCGCCUGCACGCGCAGCUGGGGGAUCCGCGCCGCGCGGAACGCUGCGUGCUGUUGUGGUUCCCUAUGAUGGCGCGCGAGGGACUCCCCGCUUCGGCUGCGCAGGGGGAGAUCGCGCGGCUGGUCGUGCGGUGUAUCGACCUUCCGGAGGUGGGAACCUUGAAGCGGGUCUCCGAGGGCAGGCAGUUGGAACAGUUGAUGCAGAUCCGGGAUGAGGCUAUCCAGGCGGCUGCCAUGUGGUCUAAAGGGGAGAAUGAGCAUCCGCAAAAUCGGUGAUGUCGAAGGGUGAGGAGCAUGGGCUGUGCGAGACUUGCUGUGUGGUUUGAUUGGGGCGGUGGAGCGGAAGUACAGUACUCCUUUUUGCUCGUACGUCCGGGCGUGUCGAAUCUGUGGCUGUUAAUGUGGUGAUGAAGAAUACCUGGGAUUCUUAGCUUGCUUGACGAAGACGGCGUUAAUGUGCUCUUCAGAACCUUGCCUGGGAAAGCUAUCUUAGCAGCCGUGGCUACUCCAGUUACAUCACGACAACCUGUCGGUGUGAUUUCAGCUUUGUUCCCGAAACUUUGGACAGACGUCAGUCAGUGUAUGAUAGGCAGAGCAACGCAGUUCAUGUACUAGAAAGCUUCUGUCUUGUCUCUCUUGUAGUCUCUCUGGUGUGAAGGUGUCUGGUCCAUCCAAGGCGAGAAUUCUCAUGAACUCU